AUGGCGCACAAAUUCGUCCUCACGGCCUUCCUCACAGGCUCCCGCAUCCUCGGCCGGUCCUUCAUGGCCGCCUACCGACAGGCCCAAGCCUCGUCGCAGUACCAGCGCGCACAAGCAAAGGCCGGCGUCACGCCCUCCGGCCGAGCCUCUCUGACGGCGGGGAUGACGCUGGAGGAGGCCUGCCGCAUCCUCAACGUCAAGCCGCCCGCCAACGGCCAGGCCAACGUCGAGGAGGUGCUCGAGCGGUACAAGCGGCUAUUCGACGCCAACAACCCGGAAAAGGGCGGCAGCUUCUACCUGCAGAGCAAGAUUGUGCGGGCAAAGGAGCGCUUCGAGGCCGAGCUCGGGCCCAUACGAGAAAAGGCCGAGAUGGAAGCUGAGGCCAAGGACGGGUGGAAGCCAAAGAUCUACAAGGAUAAAUGA